AUGGACAGUGAGUUCUACUGCAAUCCGUGCCACAAGCAAUUAUGUAGAGGAUGCAAAGAAGAACAUUUAAAAUCUCUGGAUUUUAUUCACCAUGAUAUUGUGUCCCUUCUGCAACACCAACCAACGUAUCUCGCAGAAAACUGCACAAUCCAUACCACAAGUGCCAUCAUUUCGUUUUGCGACAACUGUUUAGUUCCUUUAUGUUUCAAAUGCGCAGCCAGUUCUGAACAUAAAGGACAUAACUUUGUGAAUCUGAGAACAACUUACGCCGAAAAAUUUGACAUCUGUUCGAAGAGAAUUUCGAACAUAAAGGACCACUUGCUACCCAGUUCAAGAGCACGGCAAAAUGAAAUAGCCACUGGUUUCGCAGAGGUGAAGAAUUCGAUAGCUAGUCUUAGAAUGUCUGUCGUUGUUGAAGCUUCGGAACUGAAAGAAAUUGUCAAUAAAAUUGUGUUGGAAAACAUGGGAAAGUUGGACAACGUGGAAGAAAAGUUAUUGAAAGACCAAGAAACACAAAGUACUGACGUAGAAGAUUAUAUUUCGAAUUUGGAGGAUCUCGUAGAUAGGUAUGAUGUUAAUCUUGCAGAUAAAACAUUGCUGGAACUCGUCGCUUUAGACAAAAACACAAUGGGUGUUAAGGAUUUUCCACAUUUACCGUCACUACCAAUUCUGGAAUUUGUCCCAGGCCAAGUCAACAGAACAGAGAUCUCAGCCAUACUGGGAUCAAUCCGCAUCACCGAGAAUGAUAACUGUAAAGUCGCAACAGGGAGAGAUAAACCACGCAAGCCUUCUAUAUUUUCGUUUCCAUCGCUUCAUAACAUAAUGAACCACAGGGUGGAGAACAAUUUUAGAUUGCCCAAUGUAGUUGGUUCUAUAUAUCAAUUCAGUCUUGUCAAAACAAUCGUAGUAUCAGAUGUGGAGAAUAUUCUGCAUAUAUCCCUGGACAAACUGAACAAGCUCUGGGUAAGCGACCUUUGGGGAUCUCUAGAGCAAAUUGACAUAAAUGGAAAAGUUCAUAAAAACCUCAUAGCAAAUAUUGGAGAACAUGGCUUCCAUGCAGUCACAGAUGAUGACGAUUUCCUGUACACUGAUCAAUCAAAGAGGGUUGUGAAUAAGGUUAGAAAUGAAAAGACAACUCAACUGAUCAGCACUGAAAGAUGGACACCUCUCAGCAUCUGCUUCUCUCGAAUUAACGGAGACGUUCUUGUUGGAAUGGUGAAAGACCAUCAAGGGAAGAUUACUAGAUUCACAGGAGCAGGAAUAAAAGUGAACAGCAUUCAAUUUAAGUCCUAUCUACAGAACAGCUUGUACGAGUAUCCGAAUUACAUCACAGAAAGUGUCAACGGGGACAUAUGCGCCUCAGACAGCGGAAAAGAAGCCGUCGUUGUUGUGAACAAAUCAGGAAAGCAUCAUUUUAGCUACAAAGGCCAGAAACCGAAGUUCAUUCCAUAUGGAAUAUGCACAGACAUUCACGGGUAUAUAAUGGUCUGUGAUGGUCACCGCAAGAAUGUCCACCUCUUGGACCCGGACGGACAGUUCCUUUUCCUUAUCCUUACAACACAAGAACAUUGUCCACAGGGACUGUGUGUUGAUGAUCAGUAUAACCUGUAUGUAGGACAAGGUUCCACAAACGAGAUCACGGUCUACCGAUAUAACCGAUAA